AAUUCUUCCGGGAUUUCUUUUAUCAACAUGGCUGCUUCGUAAAGCAACUUGUAUGUUUCCGUUAACUACAUGCACGCAUUUUAUUGAUAGUUGUAGGUAAAUAUUUGCACUUAAACUAUUAGAGUAAGCAGUCGAUUGUCAGUAAGUAUGUUUCAAGUUAUUACCAGAAGUACCCCGGUAAUCCGGCUUCUCGCCCCCCGUGGAGCCGUGCUUGUGGAGGCUGUCCGGGGUAGGAAGACCCGCACCGACCCAAAGGCCAAAUCCAAAGAGGGGCGCAUCAAAACGCCACCUCCCGUCGACCCGGUGGAGAUGGUGGUCCUCAGGGAGAGAUUCACAGAAUAUGACCUGAUCAUGAGAGCGCUGAGGCUGGAGUUCAAGGAGGAGAUGCUGAGGAAGAGGUAUGAAGAGGAGGUGGGCUCCCUGGCGGAGGAGAGGGCGAAGCAGGAGGCGGAGGAGCAUCGCUCCCUCAUGACCUGGAACCAGGAGGAGAAUCUCCGCAUGCUCAAGAUCAGGGAACUGAGAGUUCAGAAAGAGGUGGAAGCUGCUGAGGUCAAGAAGACAGAGGCAGCCAUUCUGCGAGAGCAGGCCAUGGAAAGCUUUGUUAAAGAGAAGGGAGAGGAGAUCAUGCGGAUUCAGGAGGAGGCCAAGAGCUUCAUCAACCUGGAGAACCUGGACCAGCGUAUUGAGGAAGCCCUGGACAACCCUAAGAACUAUAACUUUGCCAUCGACAAAGAUGGCCGCGUGGUGAAGAGGACUGUGCUGCAGUGAGAGAGACUGAGGAUGGCUGGAAGUGUAGAGUGAAGUUGCCCUAGACUCUGAUCUGGAU